AUGGACGAGACGAGCCCUCUCGUCUCUCCGCUGCGAGACUCUGGAGAAUACUACGGUCCUCCUGAACACACUACCCCGCGGGGAACACUGGCAGGGACCCCGGGCUCCGUGGUCCGGAUCCCGGCGGGAAGUCCUGGGCGCAGUCGGGAAAGACAGCCGCUGCUCGACCGGGAUAGAGGGGGUUCUCCGAGGGAUCCGCACCACAACGAGUUCCCGGAAGAUCCCGAGUUUAGGGAAAUCAUCCGAAAGGCCGAGAGAGCCAUAGAAGAGGGCAUCUACCCAGAGAGGAUCUACCAGGGGUCCAGUGGCAGCUACUUUGUCAAGGAUUCUCAAGGAAAGAUUAUUGGAGUAUUUAAGCCAAAGAACGAGGAGCCCUAUGGUCAACUAAACCCCAAAUGGACCAAAUGGUUGCAGAAGCUCUGUUGCCCGUGCUGUUUUGGCCGUGACUGUUUAGUGCUUAACCAAGGAUACCUUUCAGAGGCAGGGGCCAGUUUGGUUGACCAAAAACUUGAACUGAAUAUAGUUCCCAGAACGAAGGUUGUGCACUUGUCAAGUGAAACGUUUAAUUACAAUGCCAUAGAUCGAGUUAAGUCCAGGGGAAAGAGGCUAGCUUUAGAAAAAGUGCCCAAAGUUGGUCAGCGCUUCCAUAGAAUUGGACUGCCACCAAAGAUUGGCUCGUUCCAACUUUUUGUGGAUGGUUACAAGGAUGCAGAUUUCUGGCUGCGUAGGUUUGAGACAGAACCUUUGCCUGAGAACACAAACCGCCAGCUACAGCUGCAGUUCGAGCGACUCGUUGUACUUGAUUACAUCAUCAGAAACACAGAUCGAGGAAACGACAACUGGCUGCUUAAGUAUGACUGCCCUAUGGACUCUACUGGGAACAGGGAUAAUGAUGGUUGGGUGGUUGUUAAGGAACCAAUUAUUAAGCUGGCAGCGAUAGACAAUGGUCUCGCCUUUCCCCUCAAACAUCCAGACUCCUGGAGAGCAUACCCUUUUUAUUGGGCAUGGUUGUCCCAAGCUAAAGUCCCAUUUUCACAAGAAAUUCGUGAGCUGGUUCUGCCCAAAUUGUCUGACCCAAAUUUUGUUAAAGACCUGGAAGAGGAUCUCUAUGAAUUGUUUAAGAAAGACGCCGGUUUUGACAGAGGUCAAUUUCUCAAACAAGUCUCAGUGAUGCGAGGGCAGAUCCUGAAUCUGUGUCAAGCCCUUAAAGACGGUAAAACACCUCUUCAGCUUGUUCAAAUGCCUCCAGUGAUCGUUGAAACGGCCAAAGCGCCUCAGCGAGCCAACAGUGAAUCCUACACACAGAGUUUCCAAAGCAGAAGACCCUUUUUCACCUGGUGUCCGAGCACAGAUCCUGAGACCCACAAGCGCCUGUGCCAGUGCUGCCUCUGUGCUCUCGGCCUUCACCACACUGUCUUCGUCAUCAUCAUCCUCAUCAUUCUGGGCCCCUCUCCACACCAGGCGGCCCCUCUGCUCCGCAUCACUGUCUCCCGCUGUUUGGAAAAGCCGCUGCAGCUGGUGGAUGUUGAUCCCAGAGAAGAUGUUGGAAUAUCCAGAUUUCCUGCUGCUGCGGCGCCCAGGAAGAACCCGAAAAGAACAAGCCUCAUCUUCACUGGAGACCAGGUUCUUCUCCCUAAAGCCUUUCACACUCAUGGUUUUGAGAUGUCCUCGACUCUCCGGGACAGUCUCGCCUCCGCCAUACAUGGUGCGUUUGAGGUCGCGGUGGAAAUCGCAGUUCUUGAGGUGACCAAGCUCGUCUCUGCAGCCGCUGGGGACGUGUGUGACAAGAUGCGACAGGAAAACCAGACGCUGAAAGAAGAGUUACAGAAAGCACAGUCUAUUAUACAGUCUGUCUUUGCGAGCAGUGGAAAUUCACAGGGACAAGACCAUCGGGAUGACUUGCAGGCUAAACCCGCUCUCCUUGACGCCAUCGACUCAAAACCCCAAACAGAAAUGUCCCACUACAGCGUGAAAGUGGAAAUAAAUGACAAACAGCCCUGUGAUUAUGAGGACUCUGAAGACCGCAGUCAGCCAAUGCAUUGUUUUCAUGAUGAUGGUGCACCUCAGCCCCUGAAAGUCAAGCUGGAGAAGUCAGAAGAUGAAAUGAUAUCUUCAAACUACUCUGUGGAUUCGUUUGGAGAAGAGGCAGUUUCAGUCAUUCUAGAAGAGUGGACACCAGAGAGGUCUCACUUUGAAUGUGACGAACAAAAUGCUCCACUCCCAGCUCCUCAUCAACCACAAGGUCAUACUUCAAAGGAGGACUUUCCCGAGUCUACCUCUGUCAGUGAGCCACACUUUGAUCAUCAAGUGACCAAUCAGGAACACCAGCCUCCUCAGAUUUAUGGAGAUCUUGUUCAUCAUAACCAGAUCAUCGCCAAGUCUAAUCCUCACAGCUGCAGGUUGUGUGGCCAGACCUUCCCUGUUCCCAGUAUGCUAAGGCGGCACUACGGCGCGUGUCAGCGGAAACUCAAUCAACGCAACCACACGCCAAACCCUGGGGGGAAACGGGCCAAACUGCAGCUCUACCCUCCUGGCUGCAGCCCCUUUCUCUGUUCUUACUGCAAUCGGGAAUUCAACCGGUUGGAGAAUCUGAAAACACACCUCCGUAUUCACACAGGGGAACGGCCGUACACGUGCUCCGUCUGCUCCAAGGCCUUCCGCCACUCAGGAGCUCUGACGCGGCACUUUCGCAUCCACACGGGAGAGAAGCCCUACGUGUGCGGCCUCUGUGGGAAAUCCUUUAGAAACGCCAGUGGGCUGAAGUUCCAUCAGCAUUCACACAACAAACAGCUGAGUUGA